UGUCUCUGUCUCACCUGUCGUCUGUGCGGGGGAUGAUGAUGAUGGACCAGGCGGUCGGCCUUGCCGCCGUCAGUGUGCUGGGCGUCCUGGAGCAAGCUUAUUUCUCUCUCCAGGUGAUCUACGCCAGGAGGAAGUACUCGGUGUCUCCGCCCACCACGGCCGGACCGCCGGAGUUUGAGCGAGUCUUCAGAGCUCAAGCGAACUGUUCAGAGUACUUCCCCAUCUUCAUCACUGUGCUGUGGACGGCCGGAGUCUUCUUCAGUGAAGGUCUGUCGUCAGUCUGUGGUUUGCUUUAUUUAUACGGACGAUUCCGUUACUUCCGUGGAUAUUCACAGUCUGCACAGGGACGUCUGGCUCCUCUGUACUUCAGCGCUCAGAUCCUCUGGGUUCUCAUCGGGUUCUCGUCUCUGGGCGUCCUCCUCUCGUUCUGCAGAGUUUACCUGAAUGUGGACCUGCUGCAGGUGGUCGGCUCCGCCCUCGACCUGGUCUGAAGAACAAACAAAGAAACAAACAGGAGAAGAGGUGGAGAAGAGAUGAAGGAAAGUAUGGUGCUGGGGUCAGAGGUCAGAUGUCGGGAGAAGACAAGUCGACUGUUUAUCUAUUUAAUCAAUAUUAAAUUAAAUGUGCAAAUUU